AUGGGUCACAGUAGUGCUUCCAUCCAACUUGUUUCACUAAUUUUACUGUCAGGAAUUCUAUACCUUGAAACCAUUAAACUUGGUUUCUGCAGUGCUGCUGAUCAUCAUAACGUGAAAUGCAUGGAUAUAGAGAGGAAAGCCCUUCUCAAGCUCAAACAAGGCCUUACAGAUCCUUUGGACAGGCUUUCAUCUUGGGUGGGAGAAUAUUGCUGUAAAUGGAGUGGUGUAGGCUGCAACAACAUAACUGGACGUGUCAACAGGCUCGAUCUUCGCAAUCGCUACAAAAUAGGUAGGUUGGAUGGUGAUGGAGCAGCAGGGAAUGCAUUUGGAUUUGGUGGUGAGAUCAACCCUUCUUUGCUUGUUUUGAAAGAUUUGGUUUACUUGGAUUUGAGCAUGAAUAACUUUGGAGGUGAAAAGCUUCCAAGUUUCAUUGGAUCACUAGAGAAACUUACAUACCUCAAUCUCUCUGGUGCAUCUUUUGGUGGAACCAUUCCCCCCAAUCUUGGAAACCUCUCAAGUUUGCUUUAUCUUGAUCUCAGUAAUUACCUUUUUGAACCAGUUGAGAAUGAUCUCCACUGGCUAAGGCUUGCAACUUUUUCUUCCUUAAAGUACCUCAACUUGGAAGGAGUUGACCUUUCCAAGGCUGCAUCAUAUUGGCUUCCCACUGUUAAUAUGCUCCCUUCCCUUGUUGAAUUGCAUUUGCCCUUUUGUAGACUUUCCAUCCUUCCUCUCACUCUUCCUUCCAUCAAUUUCACAUCCCUUUUGGUUCUUGAUCUCUCUGGCAAUGGUUUCAACUCCACGAUACCUCCCUGGAUGUUUAAUCUGACUGAACUAGUCCACCUUCACCUAAAGUCCAACAAUCUCCAUGGAGAACUCGCAGAAACAUUUGGUAGUUUGACGUCUCUCCAGACGCUUGAUUUAUCAGAGAAUUCAGGCAUUGGAGGUCAGUUGGCAAGAAAUUUGGGAAGGCUAUGCAGUUUGCAGACGCUAAGACUUUCUAUCAACAAAAUUACUGGUGAAAUUACUAAUUUCAUUGAUACGUUGUCUGCAUGCACAAACAGCCGCUUAGAGACAUUGAAUUUGGGAUAUAACAGACUGACAGGAAAACUGCCUGAUUCUUUGGGAUACCUUAAAAGCUUAAGAUACCUCACAUUGUGGGACAACUCAUUUCACGGUUCAAUCCCAAAAUCGAUUGGAAACUUAACAUCUUUGGAGGAGUUUUACCUCGCAAGAAAUCAAAUGAGUGGGAUCAUCCCAGAAAGUCUCGGGCAGCUCUCAUCGCUGGUUGCACUAGAUAUCUCUGAAAACACAUGGGAAGUUUUCGACAUACCUUCUGAUUGGAUACCUCCUUUCAAAUUGAGAUACUUGAACAUUAGAUCAUGCCAACUGGGUCCCAAAUUUCCUACAUGGCUCAGAAAUCAGACUGAGCUGACCAUAGUGGUACUCAAUAAUGCUUUGAUUUCAGACACCAUACCAGAUUGGUUUUCGCAGUUGGAUUUGCAAUUGAGUAAACUAGAUGUCGCUUAUAAUCAACUACGCGGCAGGGUGCCCAACUCAUUAAGAUUCAGCAAUUCUUCCACCGUUGAUUUGAGUUCGAACAGGUUUGAGGUCCCCCUCCCACUCUGGUCAUCAAACAUCACCAUGCGGUAUCUUAGAGAUAAUAUGUUUUCAGGACCAAUUCCUCAUAACAUUGGGGAAGUGAUGCCCUUUCUGUCAGAUCUAGACAUUUCUAGGAACUCUUUGAGUGGAAGAAUUCCCCUGUCCCUUACUAAUAUGAGCCAAUUAACAACCAUGGUUAGCUCAAACAACCACUUGUCCGGUCAGAUUCCUCAUUUUUGGAACAAAAUACCAUUAUUGUAUAUUGUAGAUGUGUCAAACAACAGUCUCUCCGGUUCAAUCCCAAGAUCCUUAGGCUCUCUUACUUUACUCAACGUCUUGAUCCUCUCUAGCAACAACUUUUCAGGUGAAGUUCCUUCCUUGAGAAACUGCACUGACAUGAAGAGUCUUGAUCUUAGUGACAACAAGUUUUCUGGACCGAUUCCGGCUUCCAUAGGAGAAAUCAUGCUCUCUUUGUUGAUUUUAAGUUUGAGGCUCAACUCGUUUACUGGAAACAUACCUUCACAGUUAUGUGGCCUUUCCAAUCUCCACAUACUGGACCUCUCACACAACAAUCUCUCUGGAAAAAUUCCACAGUGCAUAGGUAAUUUGAGUGGCUUCAAAUCUGAGCUCACAGACAAAGAUACAAGCAGUUAUCAGGGAAAACUGGAGGUGGUGUCAAAAGGAAGAGUGCUUGUAUAUGACUCCAUCCUUUACCUUGUUAAUAGUGUUGAUCUCUCAGACAAUAACUUGUCAGGAGAGAUGCCUGUGGGGCUGACAAGACUUUUAAUGUUGGGCACUUUGAAUUUGUCCAUGAAUCAUUUGACAGGAAAUAUCCCAGAAAAGAUCGGAAACUCGGAGCGGAUAGAAACUCUUGAUCUAUCAACAAACAAACUUUCAGGUUCAAUUCCACAGAGCAUGGUUUCUUUAACAUUUUUGAAUCAUCUCAACCUGUCAUACAAUAACUUGUCUGGGAGAAUUCCAACAGGCAACCAGUUUCAGACCCUGGUUGAUCUAUCAAUUUACGAGGGCAAUGCCGCUCUUUGCGGGUAUCCAUUACCCAGUUGCCAAGACGACAGUGGAGAAGCACCUCAAGUUCCAAGAGGAUGAUGAUGGAAGUGAAUUUAAAAAGCUAGGGUUCAUCAUCAGCAUAGUGAUAGGUUUCAUUGUAGGGUUCUGGGGAGUUUGUGGGACUUUGGUCAUCAAGAAGUCCUGGAGAUGUGCCUAUUUCCACUUCCUUGACAAAGUGAAAGAUGCUCUCCUUCGUUUUGUCUCAUCCAUUGGAACUUUUCUGCACAAAAGCUCAUAGACCACCACAGAAGAAACUGCAAAUGUAAAAGCACAUGUUUGCAAGCAAAUAAAGCAAUGUUUUGUUUUUUUGGGGUCAGAAAAUAAAGCAAUGUUUAGUAUUGUCCUAUGUUCUUGUUUUUUAAUUCUUUUUUUAGAGAAACAUAAAAUAGAAACGCGGUUUAUCUUGUAAUCGUACGUAAACAACACAUCUAAAACCGCGCGU